AUGGCUCCCUCGGAACAGGCCCCGACCCCAGUGAUCUGCUUGAAGAGGAGACGGAGAAAGAGAGGAGAGAGACCAGACUCUCACUUUGACAGCGGAAAGAGUCCUUCAGGGGAACCAGACCCAGAGACGGGUCCUUCAGGGGAACCAGACCCAAAGAAGAGUCCUUCAGGGGAACCAGACCCAGAGACAUCCAAACCAGCAGGACGACACCACUGUUCCCUCUGUGGAAAGAGUUUUACUAAGCUACAGAACCUAAGAGUGCAUGAGAGAACACACAGAGGAGAAAAGCCUUUCCACUGCUCUCAGUGUGGAAAGAGGUUUACCCGUUUAGAGAACCUGAAACAGCAUGAUAGAAUACACAGAGGGGAGAAGCCUUACCAUUGUUCCCAUUGUGGAAAGCGCUUUAGGUCGUUAGGCACCCUGACAACGCAUGAGAGAAUACACACAGGAGAGAUGCCUUACCACUGUUCCCACUGUGGAGAGAGUUUUAGGUGGUCAGGGAGCCUGAAAACACAUGAAAGGACACACACACAAGAAAAGCCCUACCAAUGCUCCCUGUGUGGAAAGAGAUUUACAGAGUUAGGGUCCCUGAAAAUACACAAUAGAAUACACACAGGAGAGAAGCCUUAUUACUGCUCCCAAUGUGGAGUAAAUUUUACCUGGUUGGCGAGCCUGAAAACACAUGAGAGAAUACAUACAGGAGAAAGGUCUUACCACUGUUCCCACUGUGGAAAGAGCUUUAGUGGAUUAGUGAACCUGAAACAGCAUGAGAGAGUGCACACAGGAGAGAAGCCAUACCAAUGCACCCUGUGUGGAAAGCAUUUUACCCAUUUGGGGAACCUAAAAGAGCAUGAGAGGACACACACAGAAGAAAAGCCCUACCAAUGCUCUCUGUGCGGAAAGAGUUUUACCAAGUUAGUUGGCCUGAAUAAGCAUGACCGGACACACACACAAGGAGAUAAGACCUACCACUGCUCCCAGUGUGGAAAGACAUUUACCCGGUUAAGGUACCUGAAUGAACAUGAAACAAUACACACAAAUACACUCGAGAAGAAGACAUACCACUGCUCUCAUUGUGGAAAGACAUUUUCCCAGUCAGAGGACCUGAAAACACAUGAAAGAAUAGAGAGGCUGUGUUCUGACUUAUGUUUUUGACUGAGAAUUAGUGUUUUUGUUUAUGCCACAUGAAAGCUUACUUAAAAAUAGGCUUACAGUGAAAAAGUAUGUUGGGCCUUCCAUAAAGGCCCAACUGGUGGACUCCUGCAGAGAUGGUUGUCUGGAAGGUUCUCCCAUCUCCACAGAG